AUGCCGCCAAAAAAGGAUGCAGUGGUUCUUUCAGGGCCUACUCGACGUUCAUCUAGCAGAGUUGAUGACACACCGGCGAUAACUUUAGAUGAGCCAUCCCAUUCUACUGCUGAGCAAGACACUGACCGUCGAUUGACCCUUCGGGCUGUACGCAAUUCGAACCCACGAAUUGCAGAUGCUCCACGACCGAAGCGAACAUCAGAAGAAGUAGCAAAAGAAAAGAAAAACCAACAAACCAAACAAAAAAGGGUUGUCUUGCUUCGCAAAGCUUUGAUUCAAAAGGCAGCAGCUCUCGAGGACCAACUUCUUCAAGAGGAAGCCAACCUAAAGGAUGACACAUUCAACAAUAUGCAGUCUUUACCCGCUUCGGAUUUACUAGAUCACGGUGGAAAUGAUGGAGUACCUUCAAUGUCAGGGGACAUAUCGUCGAGUGGUGGUACUGAAGAUGAGUAUGUGGACAAGGAUAAUCAGGAUGUUGAGUCUGAAGACUCAGACAUCAAUGACGGUGGAGGUUUGGACGAUGAUGCCGAGCUUUCUCAGGCAAAGUCCAAGGGAAGCCGAAAGGAAAAACGGGGAAAGCUUAGAGAGCAAGUUACGGCUUAUCGAUCAUCUACUAAUAAAAAUCAAGAACCAUCAGUGGGAAACAAAAGAAAAGGACGAGCAUCACAGUCCAGAAAACCUGCAAAAAUGAAGAAGUCUAACGUCUGUGGCAUACGUGACGAUUGGAAUGAAGAAACGUACCAAGAGCACUUUGAUCUCCUGCCCGGUGCAAAUCAAAACCUUCCUCCUAGCUCUAAUGCUAGUGGAACCAGCGGAACAAGUGACAUGGAAGUUAAUGACGACGACGACGACGUAGAGGCAAUAGAUGGGAUUAGUGAUGAUGAAAGGGAAGUAGUAGAAAGGCGUGGAAUUUUGGUUGCCAACACAUUGGCAAAUCCCCGUGGAAAGUCCUCUGUACCUUUAGCCAACCCUGCAUAUACUGGUCGCUCCUUGGCCAAAGUUGAGGCUACAACAUCUGUACCAACAUAUAUUCCAUCAGCUUUGUUGGAUGGAAGGCUCAAACGGAAGCAAGAAAUCCGCGCCAAAGUUGACCUUCCAUCUGAACUGAGGUUGUCCUACGAUGAGAAAUUUUCACCUAUGCUUCGUGAACUAAUUGGAAUUAUCAGUCCUUGGGAACGUCCAUCAGAACAGCAGAUAUUGGAUGUUUGGCAUAAAGUAUUUCCGGAUGUACCGCUAGAGGGUUGGCUAAAGACUGUGGUAACCAAAUUGGUAGAAAAUAAUAUAUAUAACUGGCGUACAAAACUUGCUCAAACAGCAUCAACAUGCUUUGAGAGGUCAAUCAUUCCGGCAAUGGAAGAUUGGUCAAAAUCUGGAAUUGCAGAAUGGUGCAAAUGGGCACUCUCGGGUGACUACAAGUGUCGUCCGUUCUACUACCUAAGCUAUGAGGAGGGGGAUGAUCAGAUUAAUGCGACAGGGAUAUUUCAGCACCCGCUCAUUUUAUCAACACUUGCAUACCAUUACUCCAGCAUAUCCGCGAUCCACUCUAGUGCCCGACGUGAUGACAAACCAGUAGGCGCACUGAUAAUGGCCAUUCAGGCGUCCCAUCGUGCUAUAUCUCAUUGGCUUACGGGCGAAUAUCAGAAGAUCCAACGGCCAUUGGGUGACUUCUCAAAAGACAACUGGGGGGAUAAUCUUACUCGGGAUCCAAAGUACUACCCCACGCUAUCACCCGGUUUGGUUCAAGAAAGCAAAGCUACGUCUAAUCUACUGCGUGUAGUCAAUAAGCUUACAGAUAAGCGAUGGGAAAAAAUCAUUCAGGGUGCUAUGCAGGCUACACGUAGGCACAAGAGCAUUACAAUUCAGACGAUUGCACCAGCAGCUCCUGAUGCAGUCGAGGAACCUCUCUCCGAUUUUUCUAUUCUCGAUAACAAUAACGAUAGUGAUUAG